AUGGAGCAUCCCCACAAAGACGGGGAGACUGCGGCGGCAGCGGCGGCGGCCGCAACGGCCGCAGCCGCGGACCCUCGGGGAGCAUCCUCGUCCAGCGGCGUAGUGGUGCAGGUGCGGGAGAAGAAGGGCCCCCUGCGUGCAGCGAUCCCCUACAUGCCAUUCCCCGUGGCAGUCAUCUGCUUGUUCCUCAACACUUUCGUGCCGGGACUGGGUACUUUUGUCUCUGCCUUCACUGUGCUAUGUGGAGCCCGGACUGACCUCCCCGACAGGCACAUGUGCUGUGUCUUCUGGUUGAAUAUUGCAGCAGCACUCAUUCAAAUCCUGACAGCCAUUGUGAUGGUGGGCUGGAUCAUGAGUAUAUUCUGGGGAAUGGAUAUGGUCAUUCUCGCCAGCUACAAGGAACAGGGCAUCCCACAGCAGCUGUGAGCCUCAGAGCCACCAGCAGGGAGUCCAGAAGAGACUGUGUUAAGCAUCUUUGGGCCAA